GUAAACAAGUAAAGUAGUCGUAGGGGUGGAAUCAAGUACAGAUGGUCCACAGGAGGAUGUUUCUGAGUUUGUUCCCUCUUCCUUCCUUCUUCAACUCACAUCUCACGCUUCUCUCUGCUGAAAACCAAGCAUGAAAUAAUAAACACGCGUUUCCACCCUUCCACAAUGCCAAUGCUGCUUCAACGCAUCGUCGUCACUCUCUUGGCGCUUCUUCUACGCCUCGCCUCCGCCACCGCCACCGCACCUUGCCGAUUCACCUUUCUCGAUGGAAACAAACUCUACAAUUACUCCCUCUCUUCUCCCAUACGCAACUUCCCCCACGGCAUCCUCAGCGAAGACGGAUUUUACAAAGUAGCAGUAAACGAGACCACUCUUUGGUUUCAGCUUUGCGAUGGAAUGAUUUUCAAUCAUGACCCUCCAAUAUGUGCUGACUGUUCGGAUUGUGGAGGGCCAAAACGUUGUGGGAUGGAGUGCAAUGCCCUUAUAGCAAACAAAAUUGGAGGUUAUCAUGUAUGCACAGCCAUAGGACGGGGCUCAAAAAUAGAUGUUGAUAUCAUUGAUAAGAAAAAUCCCCACACUGGUGUAAUUGUUAAAAUGUCAAGCCUCGGCCCCAAAUACAACUGUUCGCUAGCUGUGUCUGUUCUUUGCAAUUUAAAUGGACUGCAAGGACCGCAAGCUCUGGAGAGAUCAGGGACCUGUGAUUAUGUUACAGAGCUAAAGCACCCAUCUGGUUGUGCCAUGAUCGUAAAUGUUCAUGGAGGAGGGUGGGGGUGGUUUGGCACCUUACUAAUUAUUGUUUUAUGCCUUGUUGCUGCAUAUUUCCUGGCUGGUAUAGUUUACCGAUUUUUCUUCCUCGGGAUUCGUGGGAUAGAUAUUAUCCCUAACCUGGACUUCUGGAUCAGCUUGCCAAGGAGAACACAGAGUCUGUGUUCAUCUUUGGUGAGGAGGUUUAAGGGUCCGUCCCAAGGUUACCGAAGCUCCUAUUCUCCUGUGAACUUCUGAGAUCAUAUUUUCAAUUUAUCUGGUGAGUUCAUUGCGGAUAAUCUCAGAUAUGAGGCGAGCCUUCUGCUGACAACUGCAGAAAAAUUCCUUUUCAGAUAUCCAAUUGGUCAGCUGAGCUUCCUUGAUAUGUAAUAUUCCACAGAAACCUGUAAUUCUUGUUCUGAAUGUCCCUCCGUGAAUUUAAUUUGUAACAUUCUUUUAUCCGUCUCUUUAAAGAAAAAGAGAAAGAGGAGGAAGAUAAAAAAAAAAAAAAAAAAAAAAAAAAAGGGGGAAAAAAAAAAAAAAAAAAAAAAAAAAAAAGAUGACAGAAAGUCUAGCAUGAUUCUUAUUAAAAGAAAAGAGGGAUUAUAAUGGAUUUAUUCCAAUAAUUUUGGUAGACAUUCUUUGGUUGAUAAUCAGAUAAUUAAGUGAAAUUGUAACUUGCCUUUUGUUACUUUGA